AUGAGACAAAAAUUUUCUCAGCCGGGGUCAUGCGUAACCUAUGUUAGGUUCAAAAGCGGAGUGACGGAGUUCCGGGAAACCGGAAAAUCUAAACUAUUACUAUUAAUCAAACUUCAAAAACCACCUCGGACAAUCUCCGCGGUCUACACCAUUUUAGAACUAUUGAACAAGGCUUUGG